UCUGACCUGAUAGUCAAGUCACAAAAUCUGCAUGUGUACGUACUCUCUUUAAAUGCAUUGUUCACAAGAAUAUAUAGAGAGAGAAUCCUCUUCUUUUGGCUCUCUGCCCCUUUUUCAGGUUUUCAGUUUCUUUCAUUAAAGAAAAUUCAAUUAUUCACCCUACUUAUAAAGACCGAAGAAAAUUAGACCCCCCCACCAUUUAUGAAUAUUUUUUUCCCCUUUAUAAGAGCUUUCUCUCUUUGAAGAACAAACUAUUUCUUGUUUGGUGGUGAAAAAAAGAGAAGGGUAUUUUUUGUUCUUUGUUUUUGGUUACGAAUAUGGCUAUUCAAGCCCAGUUAUAUACGGAUAAUCUUGGGUUUUCAUUGGGUGGUUCACAAGAUUUAAUGGAAAACGGUUGUGGAUUUAAUCAGUUUGGUUUCACUACUCAUCAACAACAACAACAACAACCCAUUCAACAGAAUUUCCAACAGCAAGUUUUGCCCCAAAAAAUCAAUCAGAAUUUGAUGAACAUUAAUGUGCCAAAACAGUAUAGCAACGUUACUGAACCAGUGCCUUUUUCCCAGUUUCUAGCCACCCAGAUUGAAAAACAGAGGAUUGAAACCGAUCAGUUCAUCACUUUACAGAAUGAAAGAUUGAGAUUGGUUUUAAACGAGCAAAGGAAACAACAACUAGCAUUGAUCUGGAGAAAAUACGAAGCAAAAGUGCAAUUUCUGUUAAAACAAAAGGAUGAAGAAAUAGCUAAAGCAGCAAACAGGACAAAAGAGCUUGAAGAUUUCUUAAAGAAAAUGGAAAUAGAGAAUCAAGCAUGGCAGAGAAUCGCCAAUGAAAAUGAAUCCAUUGUUGUGUCAUUAAACAACACAAUCGAACAGUUAAGAGAAAGUGGUUAUUGUUUAUCAACCAAUGGUGAAGAUGCAGAAUCUUGUUGUGAUGAACAAGAACAAGAACAAAAUGGAAAAAUGGUAUGCAAAAGCUGCAAUUCUCGAUUUUCGUGCAUGGUUUUCUUGCCAUGUAGACAUCUUUCGUCAUGCAAAGCUUGUGAUUCUCUUCUCCAUCAAUGCCCUGUUUGUGGAAUACCAAAAAAAGCUAGCAUUGAAGCCUUGUUUUGAUCAGAAAAAAAAAACAUUGGUAAAUGAGUAGUUAAAUUCAUUAAUUUCUUUUGUGUUUUUUUAAUCCUUUUGUCGGGGGGAUUUACUGUUUUUUUUUGUGUACUUUUUUGAUGAAAUCCCCCUAGUUCUGAUGAAAUGAAUAGUGUGACUGGUGUUUAGUGUACAGUGAAAACUGAAAUGAAGCAUCUUUUUUAACC